AGGAGCGUAUCGCUUAAGUCUCAUGGUUCUCAGUGUGGGUUCUGUACCCCAGGUAUCGUCAUGUCUAUGUAUUCUCUGCUCAGGAACAACCCUACACCACGCAUGGCCGACAUAGAGGAGGCCUUCCAAGGGAACCUGUGUCGCUGUACUGGUUACAGACCAAUUCUGGAGGGGUACAAGACAUUCACCAAAGAGAGGACGUGUUGUGGUGGCAAGGGGAAGGAAAACGGCUGCUGCAUGACCGACGGUGACAAGACUAAAGGGUACACUGACGAUCAUGUCACCAGGACCUCAGUGUUUCCUGCUCCUCUCUACAACCCAGCUGACUUCCUCCCUCUGGACCCCACUCAGGAGAUCAUCUUCCCACCGGAGCUGAUGUCCCUGUGUAAAGGCCAGUCCUCUCAACAGCUGAGGUUCAGAGGAGAGAGGGUUCUGUGGCUCCAGCCAGCUUCUCUGGAUCAACUUCUAGAGCUUAAGACUCAGUACCCCAACGCCAAGAUGGUGGUUGGUAACACGGAAGUCGGUAUUGAGAUGAAGUUUAAGAACCUGUUGUAUCCUGUUAUUCUGGCCCCGGCGUACAUCCCCGAGCUCAACGCCAUACAGCACACUGACGAGGGUAAGAGGGGAGAAGGGUUUGGCUGUGAAUGGCAGGGAUAGGCAAUUUCAACAUGU